CCCGCGAGCAGGAGUCAGUGUUUACUGUGAUUAUGUUUGUGGACGGAUUUUACCACGACCGCGCGACGUCGCCCUUAUCACUCCCCGCUUGUGCGUCCGGUCACUUAUAACUUUUUUCUUGCGUUUUUUCGAGGAAAACAAAAACAGACUAGAAAAAUGUAACUGUGAUAUCACGUGAAUAAUAAAAAAACACCCUGUAGUAGUUUCGUAUAAGUGUGCGACGAUCGAAUUAUCCUUUCGAAGGAUAACGCGAACCGAAGUCUGCGCCGCGACGGAAAGGAUACGAUCGGUCAGCGCAAAGUGUUGUACAGACACGCAGUUGUAAUGUACUUGUUUAUUUUGUAAUAUGAGCUGUUCAGAAGUGAUGUACCAGGCGUAUUACCCUUAUUUGUACCAGAGAGCUGGAGGUGCUCCUCCGGUAUCGGCUCAUCCCGUGCCCAGAGCUGGGCCAUUCUCAUCUCCUUUUGGAGCCGCUCAUCAAUAUGAUAGGUUUAACGUUCAGCGACUGCAAGAGACACACUCUUUAGCGCAGCCAUCGACCAGCGGACCAUCGACCAGCGGAGUUAAUUUAUCAAAUGACCAUAACAUUUACCUGCACACCACGACGCACAGCUCCACAGGAUCCGUCAGUUCCACUGGUGGUUUGUCCCCUAGUAGCCCCUUGCGACCUGGAAAAGAAGAAGAUUGCAGUCUUCAGGAAGAACCAGAUUCCGAAGAUACCCCAGGUUCGAGGGCGCAAUAUGUGUCAGCAAACUGCGUGGUAUUCACACAUUACCAAGGGGAUGCUGCGUCGGUGGUCGACGAACAUUUCUCCAGGGCGCUGGACAAGACGACGCAAACGAAAGAUAUUCCCCCAAUGUCGCAACGAAAUUUCCCCCCUUCUUUCUGGAACAGUCAGCACUAUCAAGGUGCGUCUGGAUCGCACCAUUCGGAUCUAUACUCGGAUCACUACCACCCAAGCGAGGCAUGGUACCAGUACAGUACGCACCACCGAGCAGUUCACGACUACCACCACCACAACAUGGCUCAAUACAGUAGCUUACUUUUACCCGGUUCGAGGCUCCACAUGGGAUCGCAUGCACAAUGUAAAGCGAUGGAAUGGCAGCAUCCAUCACUCGACACACCGUACUCUUCUUAUCCUACAAUGUCAG